AUGGUAAUUUCGAAAUCCAUUCAUUCAGAAGAGCAUUUUGAACUUCGAGAGGCCUAUCUUGCCCUGAUCGUCGUGUCUGCCCACAUGUCGGCACAGAUGCAGCCAGGUACGGUGUUCACACAUACGGCAAAUGCCAACACACCCGCUUCAGACACCAACAGCAGCCACUUUGGCAGCUUUGACGAGUUCACAUUUGGCCGAUGUGGAUGUACUUGCUUGUCUGCCAUCAACCAACUCCUAUUUUGUACCUGCCACAUGAGCUUAUCAUGUCCGUUUCUAAUGCCCUAG